AUGGCAGACUCACAACAUCACCUGCCAGAUCUUUGGCUAGCUCUUGAAACUAAAGAUGAUGGCCGUGCAAAACUUCGUCCUAUCAUUUAUCCAGUGAAUCGACGCCAGAGCGAUACCGAGAGCCAGUCGGCCACGAAAUUUUCAUCGGACAGCGGUUCUCCUUUAUCGGAACUCGACGAAGAGGCUUUGGCCGCCGAGACAGCAUGUUCCCUCCCCUUGCCAGCUCUGAAACCCAAGCGAACAGCCGACGUGACAAUGAGGGAUGUGUUUCAUGAUAUACCCAUGUUGGCGCAAGAUGAGUUGAAGCAAAAACAUUCCGCUCGAGCCUUGACGCAUGACUCUGAUGCCCUCACCGAGAUCGAUGAUGCUAUCAAGCACGAUGGUGUGAGCCCUCCUUCUACUCAACUUGUGACUACACCGCAACACUUUCUGGACCCACAUGCCCCUCGAGUCAGUUACGAACCCUCCGAGAGUACUGGACUCUUUGAGAUUAGAGAGCAGCCCAGCAUGGCUUCUCAAUCUCCGCCGAGUUUGACAUUCUCCCCAAUACGUUCGGCUGGCCGUUGGAAGAUUAACAAGUACCGAGGACCUGCCAACUGUUUCCCAGCCCAUCUUCUCCAGGUACUUGACGAAUGGCAUGAGGAGAAUCCCCUUGAAGCGCCUCCUUGUCAUUGGAAAGGGCGAACCGAGGGAACUCAGAAAUGGGAGAAUUUCAGAGUCUUCGACCAAGAAGCUGACGAACACGAGGUUUCCAUCUUCAAAAUCACAGUCACCCGCCCAAAAUACCGCACUUACAACCUUAUGAUCCUACAUUCAGACAAUGCGCCAGAAGUCUUUGUGGAUUGCGCUACGCAUUGCCGUCCCACAAACAUGAGAGGCACUGGCUUUCAGGGCCAUUAUGUCGUUGCCUGGCUUGGUCUGACAAAAGGAUAUGAGAAUGACAACUGUGCCAUUUGGGUUUGGGCACCAGAAGGAACGGAAAUUCCUUUUAAUUCCGGAUGGUUUGACAAGAGGCCGAGGUCGAUGAAGAUUGAGAAAGGCUCAAGUCCAAUUACCCCAGCAAGAACCACCCCUCGCCAUCCUGCAACCUUUCACCAUUCAGACCCCGACAAUAUGCUUACACAGUACUCUGAGAAGCAAAGUGUUCAGCAUGUGUGGGUUGAAGAGGGCGUUGUUGCCCCUUCUCGUGUCCGCCAAAAUCUCUCUCCAAUUACGUCAAUCCGUUUCAAACUACUUUCUGAUACUUCACCCAAUGUUCGCAUUUUCUCUUUCAACGACCGGAUUGAUAGCACCGAUAUCUUCAAGAAAGCCCGCGAGUUUUACCAGGAUGUGGAGAUAUCGCGCAAGUUGGCACUUUUAUGCAAAGUUCCUGGACAGGAGGAGCUUCGAUACAUUGGAGAAGGAUGUGCAGAUGAGUUUGAUAUUCUUUGUGAUGAUAUCAAGAGACUUUCUCUAUACAAAGAUGAAGUCUGUGUUGUUGAGAUGAAGCCUGCUGUCCCUUUGAAGCUGGCCUCACAGUGA